UUGGAACCUUGAUUGAGGCCAAGUUCUGAAAUCUCAGUUCCACUGAGCCCUGACUUCGAGUGAGAGAAGUGAUCGCGCGUGGCACAACACCGAAGAAAGUCAAGGAUCCCUUUUCUCGGGGACAUCUCCGUACUCCAGGUCCAUUAGUUGAAGCUCAAUCCCACGUGGCGACACCAUGUCUUCUCGUGUUCUCCGGAAACUCCAAGGUCAAAACGAUUUGAUCCCCUCAGUGGAACCUCAGGUUGAGCAAGAAAGCAACGACGACGAACACGACCUUGGGAUUUCCACACCGGAUUUAGGCGGGGCGAGACCCAAGAAAUUGAAUGUCAACCCUUUUGAUCUGCUAAAUGCCGACUCGCAAUCCGAGUCUGAGGUCAAGGAGGACGAUGACCUUGGGACGGAAUCCUCGAGGUCACAACUCCAAAGGGAAGACACGAAGAAGAAGAAGAGGAAAAAGAACCGCAAACGGAGCCAAAACUCGACAUCCGGAGGAGCCAAGAACCUGCCUCUCAAGAGUAGCGAAGCGGAUGAGUUUGAGGAUGAGAUCGAUCGAGGGGUGUAUGAGGUCAACAAGCUUUUGGGUACGACGCACCCUCAGCCAAAUGCCAAACUGUCCUCCACCACUAAAGUGACUCCCAAGUCCCGGGCCAUUUUGAGCAUCGAAUUUCGACACUUGAAUCCCGAAAAUGAGAUGAAGAAGAUCUUUGGCUCGCGAGUGGUUCAAGCCGAGGCCAGUCGGCAACGAAGAGCCGGGGGAGGUCGCCAUCGAGCUCCUUUGAGGAGUGUCCAUAAUAUCGUGAUACCCAAACCCAAUUGGCCGAAUCCAGGCAGAUCAGGUCUCACCAUGAAGUUUGUGGAAUCGGACGCCAAGGGCAAUCAGGUGUUUACCUUUGAUCAUAGUCCGGAAUAUCAGCAGGUUCAGAAACAGUUUUUAGCGGCCGUGGACAGCAUGAAUCCCGACUACAUUGUGCAUAUCGUCCAACAACACCCGUUCCACAUUGACUCCAUGUUGCAAUUGAGUGACAUUUCCAGGAUGGGCGAAGACCUUCAAAUGGCCACGGAAUUGAUUGAACGAUGCAUUUAUGCCCUGGAAACCGCGUUCCACCCCAUGUUCAACUUGGCGACAGGCAAUUGCCGUCUCUACUACCGCGUCCAAGUAAAUCGGUGCUUAUUUGUGGCCCUGUUCCGGCAUCUACAUUUUGUGGGAUCCAGGGCGUGCCACAGAACAGCCCUUGAGUUCUGCAAGCUGAUACUGAGUCUGGACCCGGAGGCAGAUCCCAUGGGUAUUCUGCUCCUCAUCGAUUUCUAUGCCAUACGAGCGCAACAACACAAUUGGCUCAUUCAGUUCUUCAACGAAUGGGACCCCACCCGGAAUCUAUCACAAUUGCCCAAUUGGGCUUACAGCAUCGCGAUUGCUUAUUUCGCACAAGCAGAAGAAAGUGAAGACAAUGAUUACGCGAAAGCCGAUGAAAUGCUCCAAACUGCGCUCAUCAUGUUCCCCAGUAUGCUCCGACCCCUGUUGGACAAGUGCAAUAUCGAAGCUGAUUCCAGAGUGGUUUUGCACCCAUAUUUCCUGGAAGACGAGACGAGUCAAUCUGGUGGUCUGGCUUUACUGUGCAACUUGUACGUUGGUCGAUCAUUUCACUUAUGGAAACUUCCCGAAUUGUUGCCCUGGCUGGAGCGAAACGCACAAAUCGCCAUUCAAAGGAUCAAUGCCAAUGAAGAGUUCGUCCUGAGUUGCCAAGAGCGUCGCAAAACUCGGUACCAAGGCGCACCCAGGAACGUCUACCGACACGUGAUCAUGUCGGACAUCAGUGAUGCCACCACUUCCCUUCCCAUGGAAUUGGCCCAAUCCCCGGUUCUAAAUUUUGACCCGCUCCCUCCCAUCGAUAGCAUUGAUUUGUAUACCAAGCGAAAUCAGGGGAACAUGCAAUACCCCCCGGGUGAUCCCAAUGCCUUGAGCUUGUUCUUCAGGUCCAUGAUGCCCAAUUACAAUCCUGCUACGGAUCAAGUCGGUGCAGUUGGCGGGGAUCAACCUGGCGGAGAGGCUGGAGGACAAACCUUGAGGAACUCGGUGAAUAUGCUCUAUGAAGCCAUGGCGGAUAUGAUGCGCAAUUUCGACCUGCCCGAAGUGGCUCAUGAUGGAGCCGACUCCGAGGACUCGGAUGAUGAAAACGACAAUCGAGAGUGGGAUUGACGACGUAUCGACGAUUUGCUCGAUUCAUUCGACUCCAUUGAAUUGUUCCUUGCUGUUCAGUGUGCCAAUCAAUUUGUAUGCAAGGAGAAAAUAAGUCUUAAAUUAUCAAUAUACAUUAUGAAGUCAUCUUGCAA